CUGAGCAGCACCUCCUGUCGUGCCCCCCUUUGUUCUGUUCUGCUUCCCCCAGCAGGAGCCGCCCCAAUUUCUGCACACUCCAAGUUUUCGGCCGAAUUUCUUUUCCUCGCAGAAUGGGCGAAUCGAGCGCGCUGCAGGCCAUCCUCUACGACCGAGGGUCGCUCCGCCUUCUCGAUCAGAGGAAGCUGCCUCUGGAGGAGGUCUACAUAGAUGUGAAGGACUCCACCGACGGAUGGAACGCAAUCAGAGAUAUGGUUGUCCGCGGUGCUCCCGCAAUAGCCAUAGCAGCAGCAUUAUCAUUAGCUGUCGAAGUUUUUGAUCAGGAUUUCACCGGUACACCUGCAGAAGCUGCCUCGUUCAUUUCCAAGAAAUUGGAGUAUCUUGUAUCUAGCCGGCCCACUGCAGUGAACCUGUCUGACGCUGCAACAAAGCUUCAGAGUUUAGUGUCAAGGACAGCUGAAACAGCAAAAGAUGCCAAAUCAAUCUUUCAGGUCUUUAUCGAAGCUGCGGAGACUAUGCUAGUUGAUGAUGUGGCUGAUAAUAAGGCAAUUGGCUCGCAUGGAGCUAAGUUCCUUCAACUGCAGCUUGGAAACUCGAAAAACAUCUCUGUUCUAACCCAUUGUAAUACUGGCAGCCUUGCAACUGCUGGUUAUGGAACUGCCCUUGGGGUUAUUCGUGCUCUUCACUCUGGAGGAGUCCUAGAGAAGGCCUUCUGCACUGAAACUCGUCCAUUUAACCAGGGUUCGAGGCUUACAGCUUUCGAGUUAGUUCAUGAAAAAAUACCUGCAACACUGAUAGCAGACUCUGCUGCAGCUGCACUGAUGAAUAAUGGACAAGUUCAGGCUGUUAUAGUUGGUGCUGAUCGUAUAGCUGCAAAUGGUGACACGGCCAACAAGAUCGGCACAUACAACCUCUCAAUUUCUGCAAAGCAUCACGGUGUGCAGUUUUACGUGGCGGCACCAGUAACUUCCAUCGAUCUCUCCCUCCCAUCCGGGAAGGAAAUCGUCAUAGAAGAAAGAUCUCCUAAAGAGCUGUUGAACUCUGAAGGUGGUCUUGGAAAGCAAGUCGCAGCGUCAGGUAUAUCAGUCUGGAACCCCGCCUUCGACGUCACUCCAGCAAAUCUAAUUACUGCAAUCAUAACAGAAAAGGGCGUAAUCACAAAGUCUGAUCCUGAUGGAACUUUCAACAUCGAAGAUUUCAUUAAGGCUGCUAAGUAAUGCUCUCCGGUUUUUCAUGAAUGCGGUGGAGGACCAAUCUACUGGUUAUAAGAAGGCUCAUGCUGUCCUCCGAACAAUAAGAUAUCUCCAAGUGAGAAAAAUAAAGUUGCGUGGCAACUCACGCUGAUGUGAUGUAUUCCGACCAAGAAUGCUAACCAUAAGGAAAUAUAGAAAGAUGCAUCUUUCCUA